UCUCUAUAUAAAACCUGCACAUCUCAGAGUGAAAUAUAAUUCAGAUAUAGGUGAUCUCUUGCAACUUUAAAAACAUGGAGAUGGAGGGAAAUGGAGUUCGUAAAACACAAGAACUUCAACAAUCUGCAAUAAUUGAUAUAACUGAGGGAGAAGAGAUGAAAAACUACUUUUAUUUCAACUCACUUUCCUCUGCAGAAAUGGAUUCUCUCACUGCUCUCUGUGACACCUUCUUGCCUUCAUCAUCAUCAUCAUCUUCUGGUAACAUCCCUGAUGAUUCUGUCACCAGGUUUUUCCAAUUUUCUGCUUCCAUGGCUGGAACUCCUCAACGAGUAGGAGGGUUGGCAUCAGAGAGAUUGAAGCACCCAAAGAAGUGGUUGAUUCGGUUGGCCCUAUGGAUGCUUUCUACAUGGAUUGGAACCUUCAUUCUCUGCGGCCUACCAAGCAUUUCAAUCCAUUUCCCCUAUUUUCAAACUUUCUCUCAACUCCCUCUCCACAGAAGGGAACAGAUUUUGCAUUCUUGGUCUCUCAGCUUUUUCUCUCCCCUCAGAAUGCUUUUCAAAGCUGUCAAACUUCUCAUUCUAUUUGUCUUCUUCUCUCAGGUAGAUGAGAAAAAUGAGAACCUGACAUGGAAGGCAAUAGGUUAUCCAGGACCUGACCCACAGUUCGGAGCACUAAAACUAUCUCCAUAUGGAAAAUUGGAGAACAAAGAAGAAGAUGAUGAUGAUGAGGAAAAACUCUAUGGACCUCUUCACAGCGGACUUGUUAAUAUGAACCUUCCACGAGACAUACUUGCAAACUCUCUCCGGCUUGCUGGAUUCACUGGCUUUACUCACCGUCCCAAAAAUAAUGCACCCUGCAGCUCAUCCAAUCCUUCUUUGGUUAUCAAAUGUGAUGUAGUUGUAGUUGGUUCUGGCUCAGGUGGUGGUGUGGUUGCUGGUGUUCUUGCAAAAGCUGGUUAUAAAGUGCUUGUAAUUGAGAAGGGAAAUUAUUAUGCGAGAAGCAAUCUUUCUCUCCUUGAAGGGCCUACGAUGGAUCAAAUGUACCUUGCUGGUGGUCUAAUGGCGACUGAUGAUAUGGGGGUUGUAAUACUUGCAGGAUCUACAGUUGGUGGAGGUUCUGCAAUCAAUUGGUCAGCUUCUAUCAGAACCCCAGAACAUGUGAUUAAUGAAUGGAGUGAUCAAUACGAUCUAGAGAUAUUUGAUAGCAAAUUAUACAAAGAAGCACUAGAUGUUGUGUGCCAGAAAAUGGGUGUUCAAUCAGAUAUUCAUCAAGAAGGUUUCAAUAAUUCCAUUUUAAGAAAAGGAUGCCAAGAACUGGGUUAUCCUGUAAACAACAUUCCUCGAAAUUCCUCACCAGAUCAUUACUGUGGCUGGUGUUCUCUUGGCUGCAAGGGUGGAAGAAAGAAAAGCACUUGUGAGACCUGGCUAUUGGAUUUAGUGAAUUCAGGUAAUGGGGCAAUUCUUCCCAGGUGUGAGGUCAUCAAGGUCUUGCACAGGCAAAAGAAAGGAAGAAAUAGUCGAAAAACAGCAACCGGAGUUGCUUUCGAAUUCGAAUACGAGGGGGCAAAAGACUUGUGUGUGAUUGAAUCAAAAGUGACUAUUGUUGCGUCUGGUGCUCUUAGUACUCCUCCAUUGUUGAAAAGGAGUGGUUUGAAAAAUCCUAACAUUGGCAAAAAUCUACGUCUCCAUCCAGUGAUAAUGGCUUGGGGCUACUUCCCUGAUGCACCAUUAUCUGGCGUCUGGCCGGAGGAAGAGAAGAAGAGUUAUGAAGGAGGGAUUCUGACAGCAAUGUCUACGGUCAUUGCAAAUUUUGACAAGUCUGGAUAUGGUGCAGUUAUACAGACACCAUCAUUGCAUCCAGGUAUGUUCUCAGGCCUGAUGCCAUGGGUCUCAGGAAUCGAUAUGAAAAUGAAAAUGCGCAGGUUUCCAAGGACUGCCCACAUAUUUGCAUUGGCAAGAGAUAAAGGAAAAGGAACAGUGAAUUCUCCAAGCUCAAUAUCUUAUCAAAUGGAAGAUUGUGAUGAGGAGAAUCUGCAGAAAGGAUUGGAGAAGAUGCUAAGGAUAUUGGCAGCAGCAGGAGCUGAAGAAAUUGGAACGCAUCACUGCAAAGGGAGAAGCAUUAAUGUUAAAAAAGUGAGCUACCAUGAGUUUGAGAAGUUUGUGAAAGAGGAGAGUGGUAGACCACUAAGAGAUUUAUCCACACAGAUAUGUUCAGCACAUCAAAUGGGGAGCUGCAGAAUGGGUGUGAAUCCAAAGGACUCAGUGGUGAACCAGAUGGGAGAGACAUGGGAGGUAGAGGGACUGUUUAUAGCAGAUACAAGUGUGUUUCCAACUGCUUUAGGAGUGAAUCCUAUGGUCACAGUUCAAGCUAUUGCCUAUUGCACUGCACAAUCGGUUCUUGAAGUUCUUAGGAGGAAAAGAAAUUAUAGUUAACUGAAUUUUUCAGUGUAUUGUAAUUAUUAUUAUUAUUUGGUUUUUUUUUUGAUAAAUAAAAGAAGACAAUUUUAUUAAAAUAAA